AUGUUGACGCUGCGAGUGGAUGUUUCGUGGCUCCUUUCACACCCAACAAGGAUAAUUUUGGACUUUCGUCUUCCUCGAGUCAAAUCGAUCAAUGCCUCGGGUCACAAGUUUGGACUAAACAGUCUGUCCGUUGGCUGGCUUAUCUGGCGUGAAAAUUCCUACGUUCUCAAAGACCUCUUGCUAGAGUCCUCCUAUCUACAGGGCAGUCAAUCUGCCUUCACGCUUAGUUUCUCGAGGCCUAGUACCCCUGUUGUGGUCCAGUACUACCAGUUACACCGUCUACUGGAAGCAACUGGCUACUUCUAUUGCUGGAGUGACAUACACCGACCCAUCUCUCGAUGCCAUGAAUUUUCCGACAAGGGUGUUCAGGCAAAACAUCCUGGGCUUCCGGUUGUCGCUUUCAGACUGUCUGGCAAGUUCUUACGGCGGAACCCAGCAGUAUCUCUGGGUUCAUCUAGUGACUCGAUGUAUGAUCAGAAUAUUUCCAUCCCCAAAUACACGGCUAACUUGUUCGAUUAUAGUUUCACUGUCUUCAAGUGGGGUCCUGAAGGGCACGAAAUUCACAUAAUGAGGAUUGUUGUGCGCGAAGGCUUUACCUUUGAGCUGAUGGAGAGCGUUUUGAAGGGUCUUGUUCAUGUGGCUGAGUCGGGUGGCCUAACGGAUUUGAAUUAA